CUAUUAUUCUACCUAAUUGACGAAGCCUUAUAGUAAUAUCUAUAAGCACAACUAAGCAUGCCGUCUGGUCCAAAGAAGAGGAGGGCUGCAAAGAAAAAGAAUGAUGCCGGUACAGAAGAGAAGCCGGUUGCUGCUGUUGAGAGCGUAAGCAAUGUAUCGGAAAUGAGUGUUGGUGACCCGGGUAUUGAGGCUUUUGAUGAAUCUCAAGCUGCUGCUCGCAUUGCACUUCAAUCACAAUUAAUGUGUGAGAAGGAAAAUGUUGAAGAAAGUAAAAAUGAUGCAGUAGGAUCUGAAUCUGUUGGUUACAAGAGUAAAGAGUCUGAAUAUGAAUAUGAAUCUUCUGAAGACGAAUUCAAAAUGCAUGUUCCUUUAUUGGAAAUGUUAAGUGAGGCGAAAUCAACUGUAUCUAAUGGAAAUAAGUAUGAUUCUGUUAAUCAGGUCAUUCUUCAAGUCCCUCAUAUUGAGUUCGAUUUGAAAGAAACUAAAGAAACCGAAUGUGUUGAAGCAUGUGAAAGAGUAAGCCAUGCUCCACCUGGGAAAUGUGUUCUUUCUCAUGAUUCUUUCAAAGAGCCACCGAGAAACCCUUGUGUAGUUCAGGUGUCUUCGGCAACUGUUAGUCAUGUUGUUUCAGUAAUGAAAGACGACGGACAUAUUUCCAUGGAAGGUGAUCUUCAAGAAUUCAUGAAACAGCAGUCGGGAAGUACUGUUCAAAUGGAAGUGUCUUCAAUUGAAAGCCAUGAUCAAUUCAAUGGCUUUCGAGAUGAAGUGGUUGGGCUACUUAAGACAUUGCUUGAAGGAAAUGGACGAUUAAAGACAAUGUGUCAAGAGAUGAUGUGUCAUAUUACUGAAAUAAGUUUACAGGUUCAACAGCUUUUGGAAAAGAUUGAUUCAGGCAAGCUAAUUACUUGAAGAUGUCUCUCAUUAAAAGCUUCACCUUUUAUUAUAUAUAUUACCAACAUGCUUUUUUUGCUAUGAUCUGUCAACUACCGUUUUAGCUCUUUGUCUUUUUGUUAUAUUGAACGGGGUUCUGAUGUCAAGAGACGACGGACUUAUUUGG